AUGUCGGAGGAAUCAGAUACGCCACCAUUUAGCAAUGUGGACAUCAACAAUGAUAUCAGGGAGGAAGACCCAUUCGCGUCUGCGGUCCAGGAAGUCAGUCUGGAUCCAGAGGUGAAUGAUGCCAAUGAGGGCCUCGAGAAAGCAACAAUAGGUGCUCCACCUCCCACAAUCACAACUACAUUGAGCAGUCCCGUAUUAGAAGAGAUAGCCACAGAGAGGGCCAACAAUAUCUUAAUCACGGUAACGGAGCCACAGAAAAUCGGUGAGGGCAUGAGCUCAUACGUUGCAUACCGCGUCAUUACAACUACUAACAUGCCUAUAUUUAGAGAGCAUGAGUUUGCGGUGCUCAGGCGAUUCAGCGAUUUCCUCGGCCUGCACGAGAAACUUACUGAGAAAUAUCUGCGAUCUGGAAGGAUUAUUCCGCCUGCGCCAGAGAAAAGUAUAGUAGGAACAACGAAAUUAAAAAUGACUUCAACGCCAUCUACCGAGAGUGCCAACGGUAGCAAUACACCUGGCAGCGUCCAGUCGCAGUUUGUGGAGCGGAGGCGCGCGGCUCUCGAGCGAUUUUUAAACCGCGUCGCUCAACACCCGGUCCUCUGCAUCGAUCCAGACUUCAGGGAGUUCCUAGAGUCUGAUACGGAGUUGCCAAAAGCGACGAGUACAUCUGCCCUCAGCGGUGCAGGAGUGUUGAGACUGUUCAACAAAGUCGGGGAGACGGUCAACAAAAUCACUUACAGGAUGGACGAGUCUGAUCCGUGGUUCGAGGAGCGUUCGUCUCGCGUGGAAGCGUUGGAGACGUGCCUGCGUCGCUUGGCGGGCGCGUGUGAGGCGCUCGCGCACGAGCGGCGCGAGUUGGCGGCGCGCACGCACGACGCCGCGCGGGCGUGCGCCGCGCUCUCCGGCGCCGACCCGCACGCGCCACUGUCGCGCGCCCUCUCGCACGCGGCCGACCUGCACGAGAAGGUAGAACAAUUACGGUUGGAGCAGUCCAACACAGACUUCUUCGUUCUCACUGAACACAUCAAGGACUAUCUAGGACUUAUUGGCGCCAUCAAGGACGUCUUUCAUGAAAGAGUAAAGGUGUUCCAAAACUGGCAACAUGCCCAAAUGCAGCUCACUAAGCGGAGAGAGAACAAAGCGAAGGCGGAACUCGCCAAUCGGCCAGAAAAAAUUGAACAAGCUGCUAACGAAAUCAUUGAGUGGGAAGCGAAAGUAGAACGCGGUCAACAGGAGUUCGAUACGAUAUCACGCGUCAUCAAGAAGGAAUUGGAGCGAUGGGAGGAGGUGAGACUGACUGAACUGCGGGCCACCAUACUGCGGUACCUGGAGGAACACAUGAAACACCAGGCACAGUCGAUCCGUUUCUGGGAUGUCUUCCUGCCAGAGGCACGAGCUAUCAAAUGA